AGGUAAAUUUGAUUGUUUAUGGAAAACAAAUAUUUCUAAGUUGAUUAUAGGUGAAAGGUUAAAACAAAAAUAAUACGCUUAAAAUGGAAAUAAAAUGUUUUCCUUUUUUGUAUGGAAAAUCUUUUCCUUUUAAGAAUUACGAAGUAAAUUGCUGGUUAAAAAGAUUAGGUUAAGUUUUAUGACGGAAAAUCAUAUCGUUUCCUUUUAAAAGAUAGAACUGCAGGUUAAAAACAUUACGUUUUAUGCUUCAAACAAAAACAUUAGGUUUUAUGUAUUUUUUAUCAUAUUGUUGACGAUAUGAUGGAGCCAUACGCCGAUGCGAGUUGUAUUUUGAGAGUGGAUAUUCAUUGUGAUGCAUGCAAGUCGAAGAUGGUUGAUGUCAUCAGUUCCGUUUCUGGUCCAUAUACAAUUGACAUAGAUGGAGAGGAAAAUGUGUUGAAAAUAUGUGGAGAAGUUGAACCUAACCGUCUCUUGACUGCAUUAUCAAGAGUUGGGAAACACACUGAAAUUGUGAAGGCCAAUUUGAAGCACCCUGCUUUGCGUCUUACUAAUAACACCUCCGCCUACCGUCAUGGUGGCUCCGCCCGUGAUCACGGCGGCGGCUACUCCAUGUAUGGCGCCGGCUAUGGCCCAGGCCCCGGAUACUCAGCCGUACAUCAGUCUUAUCAAGCAUUUCCGGUCAGGGGCGCCGCCGCCGCCCUCCCUCACCCUCCUCCACAUUAUCUUUAUGACUACACCCCCAGAUAUGUUAGGCCACACCCUUUUCAUUUCUAAAAGGUUACCAUAUGGAGAAAGUCAGAACUUAUUACUAUGAAGACUGCUAAUUACCUGGAGUUAUUUUGAUCGGUUCAGUGUUUGAGAUUAUCGUUUUACCAAACGAUACAAUUCCAAGAAGUUAUUUAAUUUUUUUAAUUACUUUGAAUUCAGAGUUUCAUUUAAGAACUACUACAUAUAUUGGACUGGAGUUUUCUCUUAAAGCUAAGUUUGAAGUAAAUAAAUACUCCUUAAAAGAAUAAUUGAGGAUUAUUUUU